AGAAGGACCCACGCCUCCAGCCAGCACUGUGUCUUUUGGUGUUUCCCAAUUUCCCUUUUCCAAGACUUGUGUUUUUCUCCGCCCGGUGGGUCUUUUCCCCGGCGAGCCGGGGCAGAUUUCUCAUGGCUGAGGUGAAGGUGAAGGUGCAGCCGCCUGACGCGGAUCCGGUUGAAAUAGAAAACAGGAUUAUAGAAUUAUGCCACCAGUUCCCUCAUGGAAUUACAGACCAAGUAAUUCAGAAUGAAAUGCCUCAUAUAGAAGCCCAGCAACGGGCAGUGGCCAUCAAUAGACUUCUGUCCAUGGGUCAGUUGGAUCUCUUAAGGAGCAAUACAGGCCUUUUGUAUAGAAUAAAGGAUUCUCAGAAUGCUGGCCCUGUCUCAUUCUUUCUAAGUAAAAUGAAAGGAUCAGAUAAUCAAGAAAAACUAGUAUAUCAAAUCAUAGAGGAUGCAGGAAAUAAAGGAAUAUGGAGCAGAGAUAUCCGAUAUAAAAGUAACUUGCCAUUAACAGAAAUUAAUAAAAUUCUAAAGAAUUUGGAAAGUAAAAAGCUUAUCAAAGCUGUUAAGUCUGUGGCAGCUUCAAAAAAGAAAGUGUAUAUGCUCUAUAACUUACAGCCUGACCGGUCUGUGACUGGUGGUGCCUGGUACAGUGACCAGGAUUUUGAAUCAGAAUUUGUUGAGGUGCUUAACCAACAGUGUUUCAAAUUCCUACAAACCAAGGCAGAAACAGCACGAGAAGGCAAACAGAAUCCAAUGAUACAAAGAAAUAGCUCAUUUGCUUCAUCACAUGAAGUUUGGAAAUACAUCUGUGAAUUGGGAAUCAGCAAGGUAGAGUUGUCCAUGGAGGACAUUGAGACGAUCUUGAAUACGCUCAUUUAUGAUGGGAAAGUGGAGAUGACUAUCAUCGCUGCAAAAGAAGGUACUGUUGGCAGUGUAGACGGACACAUGAAGCUGUAUAAGGCAGUCAACCCAAUCAUCCCACCCACAGGCUUGGUCCGAGCCCCCUGUGGACUCUGCCCGGUUUUUGAUGACUGCCAUGAAGGUGGUGAGAUUUCACCAUCUAAUUGUAUUUACAUGACAGAGUGGCUUGAAUUUUAACAAAAAGCUAUGACUUCUAUUGACAUGUUACAAAUCAGUUGUUUUGGGUGUAAACACUUCAAUUCAUGAUGGAACAUCAAAUUCCCUUGAAAACAGACUUAACUAUAAUGGAUAUAGACUUGUGCUGCUAUGAAAAAGUAUUUAUUUUUUCCUAUGAAAACUAUACUUAUGUUCAUGGAGUUCACAACAAGACUAUGAAGCUGGUGAAUUCAGCUGUGAAAUCUGUUCAAUAAAUACGUUGACGUUUUGGAGGACCUCAUCUGAAAGUUUGAAGAUUUGAUGAUUCAAGGAAAAAGAAGACAACAAAUCCAUAUUCACGAAGUAUUAUGAUAGUAGCUAGAGCUUUAAAAUGACCAUUUUAAAGUUAGUUAUUAAGAUUUUCAAUGGAAACUUUUAUUGUCUACUUCCCAAUUCUAAGUGAUGAAUGUAGAGACAGUGAGAGUGGGUGGACUUGGGGCAUGAGUCACGGACAGCAGGGAACUUCUUUCCACACACUCUCUAUUCCUUUUUAUGUCAGAAAUGUUCUUGCAGAACAAUGUGCCAUUGAAUUUACCUCAAAUGCAAAGGAUGACUUUUUGUCAAGGUUAUGUUUUUUAGUGCAUAAAUAAUUAUUCUUAUCUUAAAGGGUAUAUUUUUCACUGUUCUUUCUUUCUUAAAGUUCUGUGCAAGUUUUACUCUGUCUCAGUUGUAUGUUUGCUAUAAUUUCCUCCUGGAUUCUUACCAUUUAACUAAAAUUAAAACUAAAAAUAAUCAAUUGCCCUCCAUUCAUACUUUAUUUGGGGAAGUACCAUUCUUUUUUCUUGUCCUAUUUUAGAGUUGUUUCCUUAUUUGGUUAUGAAAAUCAUGGCACAGUAUGCCCAAAUUAAGCAGAAACCCAUUAUAAUUGUCCUGAAACUCGGUCUUUCGCUAUAUAGAAAAUAUCAGGUUAUUUGACAUCUUGUUGCACAGAAGGUAGCUGUGGUGCUUUAUAAGAUCUCAACUGUUGUAGUGUUUGCUCUGAGACAUCAUUUAAGUUUGUGUCAAGGCCAAACCCAUUGGACAAAUGGAAAGGAAAAUUGAAAAUUGCUGAGACUUGAGUUCAGACACAAGUGUGGAGAUACUCUUUAAUGGACAAACUUCAGAAGGGUUACUUUGAGAUAAAUGAGAAUGGUAAAGUAAAAUUGAGCUUAGUAACCAAUGUUUAGAAUUAGGCAAGUUGUGUGACCAGCUCUAGAGUUAGCAUUAUAAUGUUAGUACUUUGAAUCAGAAAUCAUUUCUUCAUGUGUUGGAUAUAAGACAUAGAAGAAUCUAGGAUCCUGAAGCUACAAGUUUCCCUUCAAUCCCCAGUUGGGACAUACAGUGUCCUUCCUGGCCUAUUCAAUGGUACUAAUCUUAUUUAAUAAAAAGAUUGACUUGGAGGAGCGUUAAGAAUGGGAAUAAAGAACCAGUUUGUUUUAUUUUUCUUUAAUUUUUAACUGAGGUAACACUGGGGUAGCUCCAUUAGGUAUUCCUACUAUCAUCUCACACCCUACCACUGUAAACUAUGCCUCCCUCCCUUGCUCCCUUCUUUUACCUCCUCUCCCUUCCCACUCCCUUGAUGUCUCAGUUCUGCAGUCAGCUAUCAAAUAUUCCACUAUUAGUGACACCAUCCAGAACCAGUUUGUUUUAAAUAUGGUUUUUGUCUUAAUAGCUAGAGAUUGAUUUUUAAAAGCUUAUAAUCAAUAGAAAAAACUAUUUCUUGAUGCACCUAAAUAAAAAGACCCUUUAAGUUUUUCAUUUUGAGUAUUAAUUGAGGGAGGAAAGAAGCAAUAGUUUUCAGUGCAGCACAUGUGAUGUAUAGUUAGAUAUUUACUCUAUAGGAGUAAACUGAUCAAACUGUAGAGCCCUAUAUUCAUGACACUGAAAGAUCAAAUUUUAGGUGAAGUCCUAAAACUCAUGGUUGAUUCCCACAUGUUAAGGUAUUUUGUGUAAGUAUUUUGCUUGCUGGGGGAAGGACAUUCCCUGGAGUGUGUCAAAGUCCCUUAAUAAUGAUCCACAGAAUCAAAAGAAUCAUGAUUCUGUUUUUAAAUCAACUGUAUCUGCCAUUCUUCCUUGAAGCUUCUCUGAUCUUAGUUUGGUGAUGCGUAAACAAUGGAACUAUCAUUUUUAUGGUGAUCAACUAUUGAGCAAGCUAAUCAAAGCUAAAGUAAUAUAGAGUCACUUUUAUUUUGAACUUACUCAUUAUUAGAUAGUAGCCAAGGGGAGACUAUAAAAUGCAUACUAUAUGACCAGUAUUAUCCAGUAGAAUUAUUCAUGGUGAUAGAAUAUCUGUUAUUCAAUAAGGUACCCCUAGCUGUCUAUCUUUUCAGCACUUAAAGCGUGGCUAGUGUGAAUAGUCCCUGGGUUUACUGGCUACCAUACUGGGCAGUGGAAUCAAAGGUUUCAUUAAUUUCUAAAGAAAUUUCUAUUUUUAUAGAAGUGAAGAAUAUCAAAGUAAUUAUGUCUAUUGUAUAUAUUUGGUUUUUUUCUAAGGAGGAAGAGAACAGCUUAUUAUGAGCUUUUAUUUAUAUAGUUUGUAAUUUUUUAAGAAAGCACUUCUGAAAACCAGGUAGAGAAUGCAUUAACAGUUAUUCCAAAUCAUUCAAAUAGAAUCAAACUUUGAUUAUAGACUUAGUAAAAUCAAUGCUAAAGAGCUCUUUAUAAAGAUCUUAACUUGCUUUUCAUUAGCUUGUCUUGUAAGUUGUCUUAAAUCUUAACUAUUUUAAUUUAGAAGUAUUAUAUAUUUAGUGUAAAUUUUCAAAUAAGCCCAGGUGCUUAAAAUAAAGGUCCAACAUACUGUAUUUAGAAAAAUUCCAUUUCCCAAAGAUAAUUGUUGCUAAGAAAUUAGCAAGUAUGUCCUUAUUUAUUUUUUUUCUUUAGCAUAAAAGGCAUUUUAGGUUAAAAUGAUGGCUUUGAGUCCCCUCUAAGCAUAAACAGUUCAGGAGUUCAUAUUACUGCAGCAAAUGUCAGGUUCUUCAACAUUAAGUGUGGGUUCACUAGAAAUUGUUUAAGCCAGAAUUUAAGAAUAUAAUAACCAUAAAAAAAUUAGGCAAUGAAAAGGAGUAUGAACAGAAGAAAAAUCAUAGGAUGGUACUUGAAAAACUGCUAAAGGGACAUGGCAGUUAAAACCAAACUUGGAAGUAUGGAAAGA